CACGGGUUCUUUUCUCUUCACCCUUGACAGGAAAAACAGUAAAGAUGGGUUUGAAGAACAACAUGGUGGUGCUAAAGGUGUGUUUCUUGGUUCUUUUCCUUGUGGGGGUUACUAAUGCACGCAUGGAACUGAACCUCUUCAAAAGUGAUCACUCAUCAAGUGAUGAUGAGUCUUCAAAACCAUGCUGUGAUCUCUGCAUGUGCACAGCCUCAAUGCCACCUCAAUGCCAUUGUGCAGAUAUUAGGUUGAAUUCAUGUCACUCAGCUUGUGAUCGCUGUGCGUGCACACGCUCGAUGCCAGGCCAGUGUCGUUGCCUUGACACCACCGACUUCUGCUACAAACCUUGCAAGUCCAGUGAUGAAGAUGAUGACUAGGAAUUAAUCAACAAAAGCUCUCUCAAAUGAACAAAGCCCUUUAGGCUUUCUUUGUCUUUUAUGUAAGGGAGACAAAUAAAGCAAGGAAUAAAAAGCUCGCAGUGGCCAGUAAUUUGCUUUUAGCAAAUUUUGGUCAUUUU